AUGUACGUGGCUCUAACCAGUCGAUGUUCAAGUACCGGAUCGGGAAAAAAAAAGAAAUACGCCGCAGAACUCAAAGCGGAGUCGACUUCCCACUUCACGGAGUUCCGCGAACUCCAUGAAGUUGGAACGUCUGGUCUCUGGCCAACCAUCUUCUCAGGAAAUCGGCUCUACGACGCCCACCAGUCACUCUUAAGGUCGGCGGCAGUUACACCACAGAUCCAGUCCACACAGCCAAAGCCCUACUUGACAACUUCCCGACGACUCGACGUUGACAGACCUAACGACUUAGACGUAACGACACGUCUUAGACAUGAGCUACGGGCUCACAUGAGUGACUCUCCUGGGACCCCGGAGGAUCUCCCCCUCACUGAGGGGAAGAUUCUGGAGGCGCUCAAGGGAAUGCACCCUACGAGAGCACCUGGACUCUACGGAUUGACCACCAACAUCUGUCUACAGUUUUUCACAACCUUUCCCAAACUCAUUACAGACAUCAUGAACAGAUGUCUGUCCCUCCAAUACUUUCCCCGACAGUGGAAGAGAGUUUAUGUUAAAAUCAUUCGAAAACCAAACAAGACUGACCAUACUGACUUGACCGGCUACAGACCAAUUGGGCUGCUGCCGGUGUUCGGAAAGCUUCUCGAGAAGCUCUUUAUCGGCCGGUCCAGUACGACGGCUGCCAUAAGCGCAGCCGUGGACCAGAUCAGACAUGCUAAGACUGACAAACUGCUCACCGUCGCCGUCUCUUUAGACAUCAAGGCCGCCUUCGACGACGCUUGGUGGCCCGGUCUCUUUCACAGGCUGAGGCAUAUCGGCCGUUCCCGAAACAUCUACGAACUUAUCCUCAGCUACACGAACCUACGCAGAGUCAUGCUGGCUGGACCUCAACUAUGGAACAUCAUCCUCGACGAGCUCUUGGAUAUCGAGCUGCCUUCGGGCUGCCGACUCCAGGCCUUCGCGGAUGACGUUUUGUUGAUUGCACCUGCAAAAUCGGCUUCAAAACUGCAGGGUAACAUUAACAUUGCACUAAAAGGGAUUAAACUCUCCUUCAGCCCCGCUAAGACACAGGCCUUAGCGUUCAACGCUAAAGCCAAACAGAAACAAAACACCAUGGACUCCCAUACCAUACACUUCCAGAAAAUACACACAUGGGGGGCCCACCCCGAAAAUAUCGGCACAAUAUACUUACAGGUUAUAAGACCUAUAAUUACAUACGCUGCCGGAAUCUGCAGCCACGUGGCCGAUAAGAAGUACGUGAGGAAGAGGCUGCUCUCUAUGCAGGGAUCUUUCGCCCUCAGGACCAUCAGAGGGUUUAGGACAGUGUCCACCUCUGCUCCUCUCGCAUUCUCCUUGUUCAUCCCCCUGGACCUAAAAGUCAGAGAGGUGAACCGGGUCGAAGCCACUCGCCUUACAGGCUCGCCCCGCUACUUCCGACAAACAUCACACUGGAGCUUCCGACUCCUCCACACCUUUUCCCCCAUCCAGCACUUAGACAGUCACACAACUCACACAUGUUCUGGAACCAAGAUGAGGUCAAGGACUUUCAGUCAAGGCUUCACCCUGACACCACCCACACUUUCACCGACGGGAGCAAACUCGAGGAUGGUACAGUUGGGGCAGCCUUCGUCAGUUAUGGCGGAGGGCGUAGGCCCGUCUGUAAGAAGUUCGAGCUUCACGGCAGUUGCAAUGUCUUCCAAGCUGAACUUCUCGCCAUUCUGCGGACUUGCGAGUGGGCUUCUUCCAAUGAACACACACACAGUAGUUUACUCAGAUAGCAAAGCCACCAUUCUCGCCAUCCAUAACCGUAGCAACACACAUCCCUUGGUUGCGAACAUACACCACACGUCCGGGACCAUAGAGCUCACAUGGGUCAAGGCUCACGCGGGCAUCGAGGGGAAUCUGGCAAUCGCGAUAUGA